AAUAAUAUAUGAAAAACAUAACAAAAAAUCCGCUAAUCUGACCACGCCCCUUUGCGUAUUAGCCCCGCCCCCAUUGUUCACCCUACUAAAGCGAUUUCAGCGCAUGCAGGGAUUCUUCCCCACGUCCACGGAUGGCAACAUGGCGACAGAGUUUCAUAACCUGCAGGAGUUGAGGCACAGCGCGUCUCUGGCCAACAAAGUGUUCAUCCAGAGGGACUACAGCGAAGGGACGACAUGCAAGUUUCAGACCAAGUUCCCCUCCGAGCUGGAGAGCAGGAUUGAGCGGACCCUGUUUGAGGACACCGUGAAGACGCUGAAUAACUUCUACGCAGAAGCAGAAAAGAUCGGAGGGCAGUCCUACCUGGAGGGCUGUCUGGCCUGUGUCACGGCGUAUCUCAUCUUUCUCUGCAUGGAGACGCGUUACGAGAAGGUCCUGAAGAAGAUUGCCAAGUACAUUCAAGAGCAGAAUGAGAAGAUCUACGCUCCCAGAGGCCUGCUCAUCACAGACCCCAUUGAAAGAGGAAUGCGUGUUAUUGAGAUAUCCAUCUAUGAAGACCGAGGCUCCAGUAGCUCCAGCUCAGGCAGCAGCUCUGUGUCCGGCAGCACAGCUCGAUGACCGGGCUAAAACCGAGCACCCUGGAAGAAGGAUUUAGAACAAGAACUUUGGUGUUCCAACAGUCUGUACAUCCCAAAGCCACAUUUCACACUUUUUUUUUAUCCCAUUUUCCAUAUCCUGAACUUUCAUCACCAUAGAUGCUUGAAGCAGAAUCGUGUGCCGUGUAUGUUGGGAUACAUGUUAUGAAAUCCAUAUAAAGGAAUGGUCCCAAACAAGAACUACACCUAGAACGCUUUACCUCCAGCUGUAGAAGAACGCGUCUGACAACAUCUGCCGUCAUGUUCUGGUAGAAAACUGCACCUUCUUGAAAGAGCAUUGCUAAAAACUAAUAUUAUUUUUGUAUCAUUGAUUAAAUGUUUGCAUGAUUUUGUUCCGUGGGCGGCGCCUCCUGGGAAAACCCACACGGGCACAGAGGAAACACGAAAACUGCACUCAGAAAAGAUCGUAAACAGAUUCUAACAGACUUCAAAAAUUAUUUUAGGAGUAAUGAUUAAACAUUUGUGGAUAUUGUUGGUUGCCAGAGAGGAUUUUGUCUCUUAAAAAGCCCUAAAAGACCAUUCCUUCACCUUGUUGCUUCUCCAUUACACAGAAACAAACCUGCUUUUUUAUUUUCCUUCUUUGAAGGUCGACAAGCUUUCACCAAACCUCACACCUCGACUGUCACAGCUGCACCACACAGUCACUAAAACACCACAUCUAACUCUGGAUGUUCGGGUUAGGAGGCACGCGAAUGUUGACCCACUCCUGUAAAUAAUGUAGCAGAACUUCCUCGUUUUUCACAUGUAGCCUGUUUUUUUGUUUGUUUGUAUGUUUAUUUAUUUGUUAGACACUCCUGCACAGGUAUACAAGUACUCACCUCUUGGGUUCACUGAGUGAGACCGAUGCUUCCUAAAGUCUGAUUAUGCAAGAACUCGCUGUGCAUUGAGUCCAGGAUGAUACGAUAAAGUCUUCCUCAAAUGUCACACUAGUGGUUUAAAUCACAACAAGUUUUCCUUGAUUUGCGGAAAACUUCCAAAGAACCCCUUAAUGCCAAAACUUGACUCACACGUGUGAACGCCAUGUUUUAGUUUUGUUUUGAUGACAUUUUGUGUAAAAACGCUUAUUCCGCUUGUUUGUUACGUGCGGUACAAACAGCGGUGUCAAAUAAACCGUUUCAUCACA